UUACCCUCAGCGAAAUCACGUGAUAAGCGCAGCACUAAUUAUCAUUCAAGAAGAGGGGGCGAAUCUACGCAGACGCGUUUUCCGAGACAAGGAAGAAUAACUUGAAAUGCCUCCUCCACCCAUUCUGAAACGACGCCAUACGUUGGUCGGAAAGAACAUCUUACCGGUCGUAAAAAAGGUCAAGAAUUAUGCCGGCCAACGGCUCAAUUUUGCCAAACUAAAAUCUACUAUGCCUAUUGAAGAACUGUCUGAGGGUGAAUUGGCCCAGAAGUUUAAGGAUCUAACCAGCGAAAAGGCCUGCGAUAUCCUGGAGAUGGCCGCAAAGGAGAUAUCAGCGGAAAAUCUCAGGGUUCUACUACAUUUUACGAUCCUCCACGCGAACGAAACUGGAGCCCCGGACGGACAACAGUUGACAGGGAAUAAGGAUGAAGAUGGCGAAGACGAGGACGAAGGAGAGGAAACGGUGAAACCAAAGAAAAAGAAGAAAGCCAACGACAAAGAGGAGGACCUGCAAGGCUUAAAACAAAAGAAUGCGGAAGGCAUUGAUCUUAUCGACUUGACUUCCAUCGAUGAAAGGAUAAAUCAACUGGACGAGAAAAUGAUGAAGUCUACUGCUUAUAAGAAAUGUACAAGACUGCGUGAGAAAUUAGAAUUAUUCCUUUCUAAACUUCCACAUCGACCUAAACUUCGGAACUUGACUCCAACAGAUUUGCGUCGUUUCCUUGUGUGGUGCGAUUUAUCAGGUAAAACGCAAGUUCAUUCAUUGGACUGCAAAUUUAUAGGCAACAUCGGAGAACAGCCAUGCGCCUGUAAAAAAGGCUUAUCAUCAAAUACUCUUGCUGGCAUGAUUACAAAUUUGAAAAAUAUUCUAGCGUCAGAGGGUAAAAGUGAAUCUUGGGAUGAAGCAACUCAGGAAGGCAAUGCGGCAUGUUCAAUACUUAUAAAACAGCACCUGAAAAUUGUGAAAGAAGAGCAAGCAAAGGCCAGAGUUCUACCCAAGCAAGCAAAACCUAUGUUUAUCCGGAAAUUAAAUUCUAUUGCGACUUAUAUACAGAAUAGACUAGACUCAUUUGACUGUUUCUUAACUCUCCGAGAAAAGUUUACUCUGCUUAGAGAUCAAGCGAUGUUCAAGCUUCAAUUUUUCGCGGGUGAUAGAGCCUCUGAUAUGUCGAAUUUUCUGACUCAAGAUAUAAAAUCUUUAUCCGAUAACUCGGGAUUUAUGGUAAGGCAUACUUUCGGGAAAACUUUAAGGGGAGGUGAUGGGAAGACAAACAAUUUUGUGAUAAAGAGAUUUUCAGAUAGUUUAACGUGCCCAAUUGCUGGUUUAGAAAGCUACCUGUCAGGAUCAAAAUCUUUAGGAAUUGAUUUGGAAACUGGUUACUUAUUCCGGACUGUCACAGAAAAUGGCGUUGUGCUGAAUACACCUCUUUCUUACUCAUCCAUCUAUGAAAGGCUUAAAACGUACCUUAGAAUUUUGGGCUUAGAUGAAGGAGAAACUCCGCACAGUUUACGGGCAGGAUGUGCAGUGACACUAGCAUUAUCAGAUGCUGAUUGUGAACAAUUAAAGUCUCAUAUCGGAUGGUCUGACUCAAAAACAGCAGAUUACUAUAGCAGGGCAACGAGAAUUAGAGAUGCUACUGAAACGGCUUCAACCUUAGCGGAAGCGUCCAGGUCCCACAAUGCGGAAACUACUUUUAAUGACAACUGUGAGUUUUCACAACUACGACCUAUUCUAUGAUCCUACUUAUCAAAUCAGAUCAAUUUUGUGUUCUUCUUUUUAAGAGUGUUGGGAAGAAAAGGUAUGUGAGUUAUUGUCUUGUGAACAAUAAACAUAUUCAUUGCAAGUGAUUAGAUUUGUGUUAUUAUUUAUUACAAAUCCCAGUACUUAGCAAUUAAGGGGCUG